UCGAGGCUGUGGCUGUGGUACCUGUUUAGAUACGCACUCCUUUUGAGAGGGCACAAGGAAUACAUGUUAGGUUUGGCAGGUAUUGACCUCAAAGGUCCUAUCCCUCUAAGUGUUGACAGCUAUCCGCUGAUCUAGUGGAUCAAAGCUGUGGUGCUGUCAGUAGUGUCGCCUGCUCUCCUGGACAGUCUCUGCUCAACGGCGGUGGAGUGAUGAGGUCGCUGUGGAGCUUGGGCCUUGCUUUCCUCUUGGCCUUGACCUCCAGGGCCGGAGGACUCGAUAUCCCCCUGGAAGUGGAGCAGCUACCGACCAUAACAGUGCAGACCGCUGGCCCUGUCAUUGCCUUACCCUUUGAAGGCAGUUUUUCCAUGAGAUGUGAAGCCAAAGGCAACCCACAACCAGUAUACAGAUGGACAAAAGAUGGCCAGGCCAUAGAUCCCCUCUUCGACUUGGGGGUCAAAAAAGAGAGAAACAAUGGGAGUUUUGUGAUUCAUAGCGGGCGCCUUGCGCAGUUCCAGGGGAUGUAUCAGUGCUACGCUUCAAACAAUCUGGGAACAGCAGUAUCAGAGGAAAUUGAACUCAUUGUACCAAGUACCCCAAAGUUCCCCAAAGAGGAGAUUGCCCCAAUAGUUGUUAAAGAAGGCCAGCCUGUGAUUCUGGAAUGCAAUCCACCACAGGGGAUCCCUCCACGAAAGAUCUACUGGAUGAAUAUUGGUCUCCAACAUAUUGAACAGGAUGAGAGGGUAUCCAUGGGCCAUGACGGCAACCUCUACAUCUCCAACGCCCUGGAGAAGGAUAGCCGGAGAGACUACUGCUGCUUCGCUGCAUUCUCCGUCAUACGGACCAUCGUUCGGAAGACAGCCAUGUCGGUGGUCGUCAAGAGCUCCUAUGCCAUUCCAGAGAGAAGACCGAGCCUUCUGGUACCCUCUGGUGUUCAAUCAGAGGUACGUCUGCUGAAAGGAGAGGAGCUGGUCCUAGAGUGUAUAGCAGAGGGAUUUCCAACUCCUGUGAUUGAAUGGACAAAAAGGACAGAGAAGCUACCGAAACGGGCAAAUCUAAAAAACUAUGGGAAACGUUUAACCAUUAAUAACAUUGAAGAGGAGGAUGAUGGGAAGUACACGUGUGAGGCGAGGAACUCUGUCGGAGACACAGUCCACUACUUCAACGUCAUGGUGGAGGAGCCACCAAGAUGGCAGCCGGAGCCACCCAAGGGCCAGUUGGCUGUUGUUGGCUCUGACGUGCACAUCAAGUGCUCUGCCUCGGGAAAGCCACGGCCGGUUAUCUCAUGGAGGAAGAACGGACAGCCUCUGGACGAUGGCCCGUCAUCGAACAGACAAGUGCUUGAUGACACCAUAGUGUUGCACAGGGCCAGGCCUGAGGACAGUGCCGUCUACCAGUGUGAAGUCUCCAACAGACAUGGCACCAUCCUGGCUAAUGCUAACAUCAUGAUCAUAAAUCUCCCACCUCGGAUGCUGACUAAGGAUUACCAGCGAUAUUCAGUAGUGCAAGGGAGGGACAUCAUCAUGGACUGCAAAGUAUUCAGCUCUCCUCCAUCCAAUGUUUCCUGGAACAAGGAUGACUCUACGGAAUCUGUUGAGGGGGAACGAUUCUCAGUUUUUAAGAAUGGAUCGCUGCAGAUCAACCAGGCAGGGAAAGAAGACAGUGGGGAAUAUGUAUGUUUCGCCACCAAUUCGGAGGGAAAAUCAACCAUCACAGCCUUGUUGGACGUCAAAGAUCCCACCCAAAUCGUGGAGCCGCCGCAGGACCUGCACAUAUUAAGUGGAACCACAGCCCAGCUUACAUGCCAAGCAGAGUAUGAUAUAUCUCUUAGGAACGAGUUUCAAAUAGUCUGGAGCAAGGAUGGGGAAGAGAUACCCCCAUUCACAGAACAGUCCAGAUAUUUUCUGGAUGAUGGAAUGCUACAAAUUAUCAAUGUAAACCAAAGCGACAAGGGAACAUACACAUGUACCGCCAGAACCAAUCUAGACCAGGACACCGCCUCUGCACUUCUUACUGUACUGGAUGUCCCUGAUGCGCCAGAGGAUGUGGAGCUGUCUGAACAAAAGAGCUGGAGUGUCCGGUUGGCCUGGGUACCCGGUGACGACCACAACAGCUCUGCCACUGAGUUCAUAGUGGAGUACGAGGAGAGUCAGUGGGAUCCUGGGACCUGGCGAGAACUCCAGCGAGUCCCUGGCAACCAGGUCACAGCUUUGUUGACAUUACACGGCCACCUGAACUACCAGUUUAGAGUGUAUGCAGUUAAUGGCAUUGGGAAAGGGCCCCCAAGCAACCCCACAGACCGAUACAAAACCCCUCCUGCAGCUCCUGAUAAAAACCCAGAAAACAUCAAAAUUCAGGGUCAUCUGCCCCAUCAAAUGGAUAUCAGUUGGGAGCCACUAUUGCCUGUGGAGCACAAUGGUCCAGGCCUGGAGUACAAGUUGAGCUACAGGAAACUGGGAGUAGAAGAUAUCUGGAAAGAGCAUCUUGUCAAGAGACACGCCUUUGUCAUCAAGAACACCCCCACAUUCGUCCCCUACGAGAUCAAGAUCCAGAGUCGCAACAGUCACGGCUGGGGCCCAGAACCCAAAGUAGUGACAGGGUACUCCGGGGAAGACUUGCCUACAGCUUCCCCACAGGACGUGGCAGUGGAGGUGUUGAACACCACCCUUCUCAGAGUCAGUUGGACCAGGGUUUCCCAGGAAACAUUGCGGGGUCAUCUGGGAGGCUACAAUGUGCACUGGUUGAGGAAACGGAGUCUCCUACAUUCCAACAGAAUUCCUGAGGAGAGACAUUUCCUGACGUUCCCAGGGAACAGGAGCCAUGCCAUGGUACCUGGCCUCAGACCCUUCUCGGAGUACAGACUUACCGUCAACGUCUUUAACAAAAGGGGCAACGGCCCCAAUAGUGACCCCGUCACCUUCCAGACUCCAGAAGGAGUCCCCGAACAAGUGCCCAUUCUGACAGUGUCAAACGCCCAGAGAGACUCUAUCACCCUGGUGUGGGCACCCCCCUUUGAGGCCAACGGCAUCCUUACGGGAUAUCUCCUGCAGUACCAACUCUUAAAUGAGACGUUGGCGAUGGGGGACAUGCAGGAGGUGAACGUCAGCAGUGCCGACACCACCCAGUGGCUCCUGCAGGGCCUGGAGGAGAUGAGCAAGUACAUGUUUUACUUGAGCGCCUGCACCAGGGUGGGUUGCGGACCCCAGCGCAUGGAGGAGGGUAGCACGGUCACAGAAGCAAAUUUCUCGUCCAUUCCAGCUGUGGCACCCACUGAGAGGAGGCAUAACUGCUCUCUCAAUCCUCACAGCUCGAUUCCUGUGAAUGCAACUCCUUCCUCCUUAGGUGAAGGUAACUGGAGGAUUUCAGAAGCAGUAAACACUUCUAAGAAUUUCCACUUGAUUGACGGGCUGGAGCCUGAGACGGUGUACACUGUGCGUCUCUUGGCUAAGUCACGGCUCGAUAAUGCUAGUAUUUUCGAAGACGUUAUACAGACCAGGGUCAAAGGUUUGGCCAGUCUUCACUUGGGAGUUUCCACCCAGGGCUGGUUCAUCGGGAUGAUGUGCGCUGUGGCUCUCCUCACCCUCACCGUGCUCAUCGCAUGCUUCGUGACCCGCAACAAGGGUGGCAAAUACGCAGUAAAGGAAAAGGAGGAUCUCCACCCUGAAGUUGAGUCCCAGGGCAUGAAUGAUGACACAUUCUGUGAUUACAGUGAGGAAAACCCACUGAAGGCUAGCCAAUGUUCCCUGGAUCGGGGCAUGGGAGGGGACAGCGACUAUGGGGACGAAGAAGAAUGCCAGUUCAACGAAGAUGGUUCAUUUAUCGGUGAAUACUCUGGCCACAAAAACAGAGGCUCUGUAAGACCCAGCCCAGUCACUGCGUGAAGAGACAAAUGCUUCCUUCGGACUUCCCUCUGAAGGGUGUGUGACAACAAAAGGAAAUGAAUGGCAUCAUCUGUGUGAUGCAUGACAUUGAUCAGAAAUGUUAAAUUCCUGUCAAUCACAAUUGUAUAUGAUGCAUAUUUAUUUUGUACCUCCACAUUGUGACGGAUUCAUUAGGAAAUGUUUUCACAUUCUUGUAGACAGGAUUGGACAUCUGCAGUUUCAAUAUACAGUACCAGUCAAAAGUUUGGACACUUUAUUUUCACUAUUUUCUAUAUUGUAGAAUAAUAGUUAAGACAUCAAAACUAUGAAAUAACACAUAUGAAAACAUGUACUGUAGUAACCAAAAAACUGUUAAACAAAUCAAAUCAUAUUUUCUAUUUUAGAUUCUUCAAAGUAGCCACCCUUUUUUUUGAUGACAGCUUGCACAUUCUUUGCAUUCUCUCAACCAGCUUCACCUGGAAUGCUUUUCCAACAGCUUUGAAGGAGUUCCCACAUAUAUUGAGCACUUGUUGGCUGCUUUUCCUUCAGUCUGUGGUCCAACUCAUCCCAAACCAUCUCAAUUGGGUUGAGGUACGGUGAUUGUGGAGGCCAGGUCAUCUGAUGCAGCACUCCAUCACUCUCCUUCUUGGUCAAAUAGCCCUUACACAGCCUGGAUGUGUGUUAGGCCACUGUGCUGUUGAAAAACAAAAUAUAGUCCCACUAAGCGCAAACCAGAUUGGAUGGCGUAUCGCUGCAAAAUGCAAUGGUAGCCAUGCUGGUUAAGUGUGCCUUGAAUUCUAAGUAAAUCACUGACUGUGUCACCAACAAAGCACCAUCACACCUCCUCCUCAAUGCUUCAAGGUGGGAAUCACACAUGUGGAGGUCAUCUGUUCACCUACUCUGUGUCUCAAAACAUGGCGGUUGGAACCAAAAACCUCCAAUUUGGACUCAUCAGACCAAAGGACAGAUAUCCGCCGGGCUAAUUUCCAUUGCCCGUGUUUCUUGGCCCAAGCAAGUCUUUUCUUGUUAUUGGUGUCCUUUGGUAGUGGUUUCUUUACAGCAAUUCGACCAUGAACGCCUGAUUCACACAGUCUCCUCUGAAUAGUUGAUGUGUCUGUGACUUUUAUUUAGGAUGCUUUCUGAGGCUGGUAACUCUAAUGAACUUAUCCUCUCCUGCAGAGGUAACUCUGGGUCUUCCUUUCUUGUGGCGGUCCUCAUGAGAGCCAGUUUCAUUAUAGCGCUUGAUGGUUGAACUUGCACUUGAAUAAACUUUCAAAGUUCUUGAAUUGUUCCGUUUUGACUGACCUUUAUGUCUUAAAGUAAUGAUGGACUGUUGUCUCUCUUUGCUAAUUUGAGCUGUGCUUGCCAUAAUAUGGACUUAAUAUGGGCUAUCGUCUGUAUACCACCUGUCAUGGUUCCUCCUGGCACCAGAGGGAGGCAGGUGUGUCUUAUUAUUUCAUAAUUGUGUCCCUGCUUAAAGAGGUGUGUUUUCUGUGGUCCUUUGCAGACGCUUGAAUUGUUUACUGUGUGCAUUUGUUUCCUGAGUGAAUUUUCGAUACUUAGUGUUUGUUGUUUUUUAUGGUCUCUUUUCUGCACCUUUUUUUUACCACGUCACACCACCCCUACCUUGUCACAACACAACUGAUUGGCUCAAAGGAGGAAAGAAAUUCCACAAAUUAAUUUUCAACAAGGCAUUCCUAUUAAUUGAAAUGCAUUCCACGUGACUACCUCAUGAAGCUGGUUGAGAGAAUGCCAAGAGUGUGCAAAGCUGUCAAGGCAAAUGGUGGCUACUUAGAAUAAUCUUAAAUAUAACCUGGAUUUUGAUUUAACAAUGUUUUGGUUGCUACUUUUUCCACAUGUGUUAUUUCAUAGUUUAGGUGUCUUUUUUAUUCUACAAUGUAGAAAAUAGUAAAAAUAAAGAAAAACCCUUGAAUGAGUAGGUGUGUCCAAACUUUUGACUGUUACUGUAAAUACACUAUAUAUAUAUCUUUAAAAAGAAAAGGUAGACAGCAGACACAUAUAUCAUUAAUAACGAUGCAUGAUUUCUUAUGUUUUUACUUUCUUAGAAAAGGUCAACAGAUAUGAGGCAUAAACAUUCUUUAUACCACGGUAUUGUUGAAUACUUGUUUCUGAUUGGCUUGUAUGACAUUCUAGAGUGUGUAUUGUGUAAGGGAUAAUCAAUGAGUUGCUCUGCGUUCUAUGGAAAAUAAUGAAGGACCUGGAAGUUGUGUUCCACGAUAUGCAGGGUGGAAUUGACCUUCCACUGAGUUGGAUUAUUUUCCAGAAAACCCAGAGUUUAUAAUCCCUUUCAUACCAGGGCUAUAAUUUAGCACAUUUGCCACUAGAAAUGUGUUCAUUUGCUGGUAUACAUUUUUUUAUUAAACUUUUGCUUUCAAAAGCAGCUCAAACCGAACAUGUAAGACUUAACUAUAGCCAUCGAAUUCUACCGAGAUAAUAUAGCGUGGGCUACAAGGUCUAAUCGUGAAUGCUGAUUGGUUAAAACCGUAAAUGGUGUCUAUUCCACCAUUUACCACCGGCUAAAUCUAUGAUGUUAAAAUGCCUAUAUUCGUGGCCAAAAGUUUUGAGAAUGACACAAAUAUUAAUUUCUCCAAAGUUUGCUGCUUCAGUGUCUUUAGAUAUUUUUGUCAGAUGUUAAUAUGGAAAACUGAAGUAUAAUUACAAGCAUUUCGGCUUUUAUUGACAAUUACAUGAAGUUGAUGCAAAGAGUCAAUAUUUGCAGUGUUGACCCUUCUUUUUCAAGACCUCUGCAAUCCACCAUGGCAUGUUGUCAAUUAACUUCUGGGCCACAUCCUGACUUAUGGCAGCCCAUUCUUGCAUAAUCAAUGCUUGUGGGUUUUUGUUUGUCCACCCGCCUCUUGAGGAUUGUCCACAAGUUCUCAAUGGGAUUAAGAUCGGCGGAGAUUCCUGGCCAUGGACUCAAAAUAUCUAUGUUUUGUUCCCCGAGCCACUUAGUUAUCACUUUUGCCUUAUGGCAAGGUGCUCCAUCAUGCUGGAAAAGGCAUUGUUCGUCACCAAACUGUUCCUGGAUGGUUGGUAGAAGUUGCUCUGUGUUGUGAUGGUACCAUUCUUUAUUCAUGGCUGUGUUCUAGGGCAAAAUUGUGAGUGAGCCCACUCCCUUGGCUGAGAAACAACCCCACACAUGAAUGGUCUCAGGAUGCUUUACUGUUGGCAUGACACAGGGCUGAUGGUAGCGCUCACCUUGUCUUCGCCGGACAAGCAUUUUUCCGGAUGCCCCAAACAAUCGGGAAGAGGAUUCAUCAAAGAAAAUUACUUUACCCCAGUCAUCAGCAGUCCAAUCCAUGUACCUUAUGCAGAAUAUCAGUCUGUCCCUAAUGUUUUUCCUGGAGAGAAGUGGCUUCUUUGCGGCCCUUCUUGACACCAGGCCAUCCUCCAAAAGUCUUUGCCUCACUGUGCGUGCAGAUGCACUCACACCUGCCUGCUGACAUUUCUAAGCAAGCUCCGGUGGUACCCCGAUCCCGCAGCUGAAUCAAAUUUAGGAGACGGUCCUGGCGCUUGCUGGACUUUCUUGGGCGCCCUGAAGCCUUCUUCACAACAAUUGAACCGCUCUCCUUGAAGUUCUGGAUGAUCCGAUAAAUGGUUGAUUUAGGUGCAGUCUUACUGGCAGCAAUAUCCUUGCCCGUGAAGCCCUUUUUGUGCAAAGCAAUGAUGACGGCACCUGUUUCCUUGCAGGUAACCAUGGUUGACAGAGGAAGAACAAUGAUUCCAAGCACCAUCCUCCUUUUGAAGCUUCCAGUCUGUUAUUCGAACUCAAUCAGCAUGACAGAGUGAUCUCCAGCCUUGUCCUCGUCAACACUCACACCUGUGUUAACAAAAUAAUCACUGACAUGAUGUCAGCUAGUCCUUUUGUGGCAGAGCUGAAAUGCAGUGGAAAUGUUUUUGGGGAUUCAGUUCAUUUACAUGGUAAAGAGGGACUUUGCAAUUAAUUGCAAUUCAUCUGACCACUCUUCAUAACAUUCUGGAGUAUGUGCAAAUUGCCAUCAUACAAGCUGAGGCAGCAGACUUUGUGAAAAUUAAUAUUUGUGUCAUUCUCAAAACCUUUGGCCACAACUGUAUUUACUCUGUUCCAUCUGACUGCUCAAUUCACUGUCUCGUCAGCCCUGCCAAGCAAUUUAUAAACUUGAUCUCCACUAUAUUAUCUCACAUUUCUUUUACAUUAACAUUUUGUUUUCAACAGCGGAGAUUUGUAUAAACCUUGCUGUCUGACAUUUGCAACAUUGUUUCAAUAUUCAAAUUCUAUCUCCAGCUGUCUCAUAGUAAUGAACAUGUCAGGAGUCGAAAAGAGACAAAGGCAUUAUAACCGUGGUAUAAGUGGGAUAAUCAACCCUGAGCUCUAUGCAUUCUAUGGAAAAUAAUGUAACUCGGUGGAAGGUUAGUGCCAUUCUGCUGCGCACCUUGGCACACACCUUCCACGUUGUGUAUUAUUUUCUAUAGACUGCAUAUCCCCUCGUUGAUUACCUUUACAUAAUUACUUGUGCCUACUUUUGUAUAUUUAAUUUUCACAAUGUUAAAAGUGUUUUUAAUUGUAUUUUUAAAUCAUCACUGUAUGUCUAAUACAUCACUGUGUUUGUUUAUUUCAUGAAAAUAACUACAAAUAUAUUUUUUGUCAUUUAUUUCCCUGAGCCUCCUUUCGACAUUGAAAUUCUCAGUCUGAUCGUUUGGGCGUUGAUACAAAUUAAAAUAUAUUUACUAUAAAUACACAGCCCUGAUUGUCGGAUAUAAUUGUCUAGACCCCUUCACUCAACUCUGGACCUUGAAGACAGUUCCACUGUGUUUUUUAAAUUGUUCUCCUAUAAUCAGUGACUGAUUUAGACCUGGGACACCAGGUGUGUGCAAUUAUCAGGUAGAACAGAAAACCAGCAGGCUCUGGACCUCGUAGGGUAAGAGUUGAGUACCCCUGCUCUAGAGCCUACUCAGUUUACCCCUUCAAAGUAGGAGGAUUACGCAUGCAAAUAAAAGAUGACUGGUCAUUGGUCAGAAUAAUAAGAUCUGAUUGUGAUGUCAUGAUCUUGGUCAAAAACUUCAUCCCACCUGAACAGGCUGAAAUUCCAGACAUUCUUUAAAAAAAUCUGUUCCAUCAUUUUCACAACUUCAUAGUGUUAUUCGACCUCAGUGUGGAAAUAUCAUCAGAAUAACAGGAAAUCAAGUUUUUGAUGGCACUGCCCUUUUAAUACUUCACAACACUGUAUAUAUUGUAGAAAAGAAAAGUUGGCUUUGUAUGCAAUGUGUGAAUGUUACUGUGGUUGAUUGCAUUUUACAAUGUUAAUACUGAUGUCUAAUGUGUUUUUGUAAAUUAUAGGAUCAAACAUAUUACAGCUGUUUCCAUCCCUGCUUUGGAAAACUGUCUACUAGUAAAUUAAAUGUAAAAGACUAAUUUAAUAAUUGAAAUAAUUAUAUGCUAGUGAAAUUCUAAAAAAUGUAAAUACAAAUGAUAAUGAAAUCACCCUAUGCACAUCGAUAGUACAGUAGAAGGUGUACAAGCUGUGUAUGCUGUAAAAUCGUGUUAGGGCAUUGGUCAAAUUUAGGUCAGUUUUCAUUUUAAUUUCCUGUCAAAAUCAUGGCAUGAACCAAUUUCAUUCAACAGAAGGUUGGCAUUCCUAAUACAUUUCUAAGGUUGCUGCAGUUGUUAUAGUAUUCAAGAUAAUGAUAUUUUUCACUCUAUCACUUGUCAACAUUUAAAGAAUUAUGCCAGCAGCAUACCACCCUGCAUACCACUGCUGGAUUUCUUCUGAAGCUAUGCAGGGCUGGUCCUGGUCAGUUCCUGGAUGGGGGACCAGAUGCUGCUGGAAGUGGUGUUGGAGGGCCAGUAGGAGGCACUAUUUCCUCUGGUCUAAAACAAAAAUAUCCCACUUCCCCAGGGCAGUGAUUGACACUGCCCUGUAUAGGGUGCUGUCUUUCAGAUGAGAUGUUAAACUGGUGUCCUGACUCUCUGAGGUCAUUAAAGAUCCCAUUGUAGGGGUGUUAACCCUGGUAUCCUGGCUAAAUUCCCAAUCUGUCCCUCAAACCAUCAUGGUCACCUAAUAAUCCCCAGUUUACAAUUGGCUCAUUCAUCCCCUUCCUCUCCCCUGUAACUAUUUCCCAGGUUGUUACUGCAAAUGAGAAUUUGUUCUCAGUCAACCUACCUGGUAAAAUAAUGGCUAAAUAUAUAUUUUUUAAACAACUGCUAGUUGGCCAUUCCAAGAACAUUCUA